CUGAAUUCUUUUCACUUAUCCAGUUAUGGCUGCAUGAGUUCUUUGAUUACUUAAAUUUGUAAUCUUAGAUUAUCAUUACAUUUAAUUUGAUAAUUUUAACAGAAGUUUAUAUUUUAAAAUCUAAAAAUGGCAGACAAGGUUGAUGAAACUCAAAAGAAGAAAAGGACUUUCCGUAAAUUCACUUUUCGCGGAGUCGAUCUUGAUCAAUUAUUAGAUAUGCCAGUUGAACAAUUGGUAGAAUUACUCCAUGCUAGAGGUAGACGUCGUUUUUCACGUGGAUUAAAACGUAAACCUUUAGCACUUAUCAAAAAAUUGCGUAAAGCUAAAAAAGAAGCACCACCAAAUGAAAAACCAGAAAUUGUAAAAACACAUUUACGAAAUAUGAUUAUUGUCCCUGAAAUGGUUGGAUCAAUUGUUGGCGUAUACAACGGUAAAGCAUUUAACCAAGUUGAAAUUAAACCAGAAAUGAUUGGACAUUACUUAGGUGAAUUUUCUGUUACAUACAAACCUGUAAAGCACGGUCGACCAGGUAUUGGUGCCACACACAGUUCUAGGUUCAUUCCUCUUAAGUAAUUGUUUUUUACUUAAAUGUACAUCUUAUUUAAUGUUUAAUAAAAGCUGUAUUAUUUGAGUAA